AUGUGUUUUCAAGAGCAGAAAUUUAUGAAUUUAGCUUCAGUGAAAUCACAAGUUGAGAUAGCCAAUUCUGAAAAAAUUGAAGUUUCUGGCAUGGGAGACAUUGUUUUGAAUCCUGUUAGAGAAUGUGGGAAAGAUGCUAUUGAUCUAGCAAAUGUUCUGUAUGUCCCUAAUCUUGAUGGUAACCUUCUUUCAGUGGGAAGAAUAGAAGAAAUGGUAAUGACUGUCUCCUUUGAGAGGGGCAAAACAAUCACAAAAGAUCCAAGACAACAAGAUAAGGUCAUUCUCACUGCACAUAGGUAUGGAAGAUUAUACAAAAUUGAAGAGAAGCAAAUGCACAAAAUAUACCUUUCCAGACAUGAAGAAAUUAUGUAUCGAAAAUUAGGACUUUUCCAUUAUGAUACAGUUAAGAAACUUAUGAAAAGGUAUGAUUCGAAUAUGAGGUGUGAAGAAAUCCAAGAAAAGGUGACUGUUGCUCAAUAUGUGUUUUGA